AUGUGUGGCCAGCACGAACACGGGGAGCCAAAGUCCUCCACUGCCGUCACCUCGGCCUCGUCGGACCCCUUCCCCUGGGAAUCCGGCAUCUACGAUGCCCAUUGUCACCCCACGGAUACCAUGUCUACCGUCGAGAAAAUACCCGACAUGCGCGCCGCUGCUCUAACCGUCAUGGCCACUCGGAGUCAGGACCAGGCCCUCGUUGCUGAGGUUGCUGCGUCCCACGGCGUCCGCUCAAGGUACGAAAUGUCUCAGGGUCAUCUGAUCCCCUCGUUUGGCUGGCAUCCGUGGUUCUCGUACCAGCUAUUCGACGACACCGUGCCCGAGGCUGAGAGGACGUACCUCGAGGGCCAGCCCAACGCAAAGAAGCGCCAUUACCAAGCCGUCCUAGCCCCCGCCCCUGAGGACCCCGACUUUCUCGACGCGCUGCCCACCCCACGUUCUUUGUCAGCCUUUUUGACCGACACGCGCCGCCGCCUCCAAGAUCAUCCCCUUGCUCUAGUCGGUGAGGUUGGUCUCGACAAGGCCUUUCGCCUGCCCGAAGGAAGGACCAACGCCGACAAGUCCUCCCGUGAUCAGACCCUUACCCCGGGUGGCCGCGAGGGGCGUCGCCUGGCUCCUCAACAUGUCAAGAUGCCCCACCAGGUCGCCGUGCUGAAAGCUCAGCUGGCGCUCGCGGGUGAGCUAGGCCGCCCUGUGAGCGUUCAUGGCGUCCAGGCCCAUGGUGUUCUCCAUGAUACCCUCUCGUCUCUGUGGAAGGGUCACGAGAAGGAGGUCGUCAGCAGGAAAAAGAGACGCCUUGUUGCCGAGGGAGCCGAGGACUUUGAUUCGGGCGACGAGCUCGAGGAAGAUGACUUUGGCCGAAAAGACGUGCCGCCGAGGCCGUAUCCCCCCCGCAUAUGUCUUCACUCAUACUCUGGACCUGCCGAGAUGUUGAAGCAGUACACUAACCCAGCCAUCCCGGCCCGGAUGUUCUUCUCCUUCUCUUCGGCUAUCAACCUGGGGACCAAGGCCGGAGCUGACAAGAUUGCCGAGGUGCUCCAAGCGUGCCCCGACGACAGCAUACUGGUCGAGAGUGACUUGCAUAUUGCCGGCGAGGAAAUGGAUGCGAGGCUCGAGGAGAUGUACCGCAAGGUCUGCGAGAUCAAGGGCUGGAAGCUUCAGGAGGGCGCUGAGCGUAUAGGGAAGAACUACCGCGAAUUCAUCUUUGGGUGA